AUGCACCCUCUCAUCUAUACACUCCCAACACUCCUGCAAAACAUCAGCAGCACUCCACGAGGACGAACCGGCGGCAGCUACGGAAGGCUCCGGCACGUUACUGAGGAAGAAGCGGUGCUUGUGUCUCUAAGCCAGGCGGUCACCCGGGUCUCUUCCGCGCUGCCGGAGCAGAGGAGGCGGCAGCGGCCCCGCUUACCUCCUCUUUUCCUCUUCCUGGGUCUCUUCAGGCUGUGUCUUCUGCCCGCCCUGGGCCACUUCUCCCGGGACAGUCACGUCUGGGAGGCUCCAGAUUUUGCUCUUACAAAGUUUUCCUCUGGGCUGAGGCUGCAGCCGGCCCCCCGGGUCCCCCCCGCCCUCGGGGCUGGGGCGGGGGAGGGGGCUCUAAGAACUCCUCCCGGAGUUCUGCCGAGGAGCCGGGGGGCCGGCGACUGGCCAGGGGAGAAGACCCCCUCCCCCGCGAGGGGGCUGAGGGGGGGGGAAGGUAAGGAAAGGACGGCGGCGCCGGUCCUGCUCUCCCCGCCGCCGGGGCCGCCGCUUCACAUCGGGGUCCCCGCCCCCCCGGCCGGGGGGUGGUUGUUGAGCUUGGGUCCCCGGCUCAUACACUCUGGGGCAAGAUGCUACGGCCCCGGGCGGGUGGCCGAGGCAGCGGCGUGGUGGGGGACCCGGCCGGCUCCGCUCGGCGCCGCCCCCGCUCCCGGCUCCCGCAUGUGUCGCUGCGGCUGGGACCCCCUCCCUACACGUUGGGGGUCCCUCGCCCCGCGCUCCGGGACGAGACAGAAGCUUCGGCCCCUCCUCAGCGUCUUCUCACCGCGGAGAAGCUGACUAGUCCCGGCCCGAGGUAGCCGCCUCCCUGCCCCCCAGCCGCCGGCUCCGGCUUGGGCUCCGGCGUGUGCAGCCGCCACUGCCGGCCGGGAAGGUGAGGGGGGGAGAAGUGGGGUGGCCGCGGCUCCCGCUGGUCCAGGUCAGGACGAAGGUCUCGGCGGUGGCCAGUGCACGGGGGCUGGGUCUCUCAGAUGCUCCCUCGCUCUCACGCUCUCCGCUGCGGUGGCGGUAGCGCCCGGAGCUCAGCUCGCUGUCUCGCUCGCUCUGUGCGGGGCUCUCGCCUCACUCCAGAGAGGGGCGGGAGGAAAGCGGCGCCGCCGGAUGACG